AUGCUCGACAACAAGCUGAAAUUUGGUGAGCACAUAAUUAGGGCAACCAACAAGACGGUAAAAGUAGUAGCUUCGCUUGGCACACUAAUGGCCAAUGUCAACGGACCCCGACCAUGCAUAAGGCGACUACUGAUACGCGCAGCCGAAGCAGUGAUUCUGUACGGCGCGGAAGUUUGUGUCGAGGCGCUGCGACACGAGAAAUACCGCAAGCGCAUAGCAGCGGUACUGAGGAUGGGCGCCCUCCGAAUCGCUUGCUCCUAUCACUCUGUCUCUGAGCCCGCGGUGCAAGUGGCCGCGGGUGUAAACCCGAUCGAUCUACUAACCCAGGAGAGACAAUUCGUCCACCAGCAAAGGCCUGUUCUUGGAAAGGAGGAGGCAUCAAUGCUCGCAUUGUCUAACACCAUCCAGACCUCGUAA